UUUGUUUUUUUUUUAAACCAGGUAUGAUGAUGUCAAACGUGAUGCUGAUGCUACAGUUACAGACACGGCCCCUGUUGGCGCAGCCUCUCUGACUCUCUCUUCCUCUCGCGUCCAGCGCUGGGCUUUUUCAGACGAGUGCAUCUCCUAACCAGGUCACAUCUCAGCCGCGACCCACUAUCUGACUGUCACCAGAGUCACCACGCAGAAGACGGGCUGAGGAAGACGACAGCGUUUGCUUCGACUACCGCGGGGUGGGAGAAAAGGCAUUAAAAUACUGCAGAAGUCAAGACCCCCCGGGUCGAACCCAGACCAAGAUGCGUGCCCCGGGCUGCGGGCGCCUGGCGCUGCCGCUGCUGCUCCUCCUCGUGGCGGCGGCCUUGGCUGAAAGCGACGCCAAAGGGAUCAAGGAGGGCGAGACCCCCGGCAAUUUCAUGGAGGAUGAGCAAUGGCUGUCGUCCAUCUCUCAGUACAGCGGCAAGAUCAAGGACUGGAAUCGCUUCCGAGACGAGGUGGAGGAUGACUACAUCAAGAGUUGGGAGGACAAUCAGCAAGGAGAUGAAGCCCUGGACACCACCAAGGACCCCUGCCAGAAGGUGAAGUGCAGCCGUCACAAGGUGUGCAUCGCCCAGGGUUUCCAGCGGGCCAUGUGUAUCAGCCGCAAGAAGCUGGAGCACAGGAUCAAGCAGCCUGCCCUGAAACUCCAUGCAAACAGAGAUCCCGCCUGCAAGCCCUGUCACAUGGCCCAGCUGGCCUCCGUCUGUGGCUCUGAUGGCCACACGUACAGCUCGGUGUGUAAGCUGGAACAGCAGGCUUGCCUAAGCAACAAGCAGCUGACGGUGAGGUGUGAGAGCCCCUGCCCUUGCCCCACGGAGCAGGCCACCACCUCCACCACCGAUGACAAACCGGAGACCUGCACGGGUCAGGACCUGGCCGACCUGGGGGACCGGUUGCGGGACUGGUUCCAGCUCCUGCAUGAGAACUCCAAGCAGAACGGCUCCACCAGCAGCGGGGCCAGCCCGGCCAGCGGCCUGGACAAGAGCCUGGGGGCCAGCUGCAAGGACUCCAUUGGCUGGAUGUUCUCCAAGCUGGACACCAGUGCUGACCUCUUCCUGGACCAGAUGGAGCUGGCCGCCAUCAACCUGGACAAGUACGAGGUCUGCAUCCGCCCUUUCUUCAACUCCUGCGACACCUACAAGGAUGGCCGUGUCUCCACCGCCGAGUGGUGCUUUUGCUUCUGGAGGGAAAAGCCCCCCUGCCUGGUGGAGCUGGAGCGCAUCCAGAUCCAGGAGGCUGCCAAGAAGAAGCCAGGAGUCUUCAUCCCGAGCUGCGACGAGGACGGCUACUACCGGAAGACGCAGUGCGACCAGAGCAGCGGCGACUGCUGGUGUGUGGACCAGCUGGGCCUGGAGCUGACCGGCACCCGCACCAGCGGAAGCCCCGACUGCGACGACAUCGUGGGCUUCUCGGGGGACUUUGGGAGUGGUGUCGGCUGGGAGGACGAGGAGGAGAAGGAGACCGAGGAAGCGGAGGAAGCGGGUGAAGAGGCCGAGGAGGAGGAGGGCGAGGCGGGCGAGGCCGACGACGGAGGCUACAUCUGGUAGAUGGUCCUCAGGCGCGGGGCAGGGGGACCGGCCAGCGGAGACCUGGAGAGCAGCAGGCAGCUUGUGGGCGGAUGCGGGUGAUACAACUGGGAGGGCCCUGGCUUCAGCAGGAGGAGUGGGGGUGGGAGUGUGCCCGGCACGCCUGUGGGACAUAGGAAUGCCUGUUUGUGCUUGUGUGCGUGUGCGUGCGUGUGUGUGCGUGUGUGUAGCAUGCACUGACAAACAUGUCCUUGGUCCAUACUGCUCCUGGCAGAGUGUCACCCAAAGACCUUUGGCCUCCUUGUAGUUAUUUUCUUUCCAUUUGUUGUUUUCAAAUACGCACCUUCUCACAUACGUACGCCCACUGAAAGGUCAACGUUGAUGAAACGAGACGCCCCUCCACCAUGUCCCCUGGCUGCAUCCAGGCCUGCCCUCACACCCGUGUCCUGAUUGGCCACCCUCAGCUCAGCCAGCCCUGACUCCUCCCGCCCCGGCCUGCCCUGCUUCCUCCCGCUCUGGGGCCAAGCUCUGGUCUGCUGGCCUGUCCCCACUGCAGAGGGGAGGGAGGCCAAGGAGCUCUCUGCUGGCUGGGGUCUUCCCAAAGCUCGACCAGUUUGGCUGUGACCGCCCCACCAGCCUCAGAUGAGACGGGCCAGGACGCCCACCCCAGCAAGCCCUUUCCCUUUUCGGGGCUCUGUGGCACUAGAGAAACGUUCCUUGCCCAAGCCAGUGUGACCGAGGUGGCCAGGAAAGAGCUGGAGACACAAGCUGAGACACGGGGAGGGAGGCCUCACCGUGCUGCUUGGUGUGGGGGGGGGGGUGUUGACGGGCAGGAGAUGCUGCCCCACACACCCAGACGGGGCAGCCCUGGAUGAAAGAACAGUCCAGCCUCUUUCUGUGGGUCUUCGGUGGGGGCCAUUUCCUUGGGGGCAGUGGGUGGCUGUUAUGUAAGUGAGCUGUGCCUGGCCACAUUAGGUGCCCUGUCUGCCCCGCCCCCCUUGCUGUGGUGCCCCGGUCCGCUCUGGGAGCCUGAGGGUCAGGCAGCAGCAGGUGAAGAGCCUGGGUCUUUACUGGGGCCUACGUGUGCCCCCACCUCCAACUCCUCCCUGACCCCUUAGUGAAUGCCCUCUCCCGCGCAGGCCAUAGAAAGGGUUCUUCCUGAGACUCUGUGAAGGAAGAGCAAAGGAAACCUGCAGCAGAGACCUUGACCUUUCUCCAUCUCGCCUCUUCAGGGGGGAGGUGCUUCUGGGCCAUGAACAUUUCCAGCCUCACUCCUCAGUUCCUGGCAUUUGCUUUGUCCCCUCUGGGGGUCCCCUGAGGCUGCUGUAGUGGAGGGGCUUCUCCGAGCUCUGAAGGGAGUGUUCUGGGGUUGUGCAAAGUCAGAGGGGAGGGACUGGGACAGCCAGGCCCUGAGGCCACACCUCACUGUUCCCCCAAAUCUCUUUACCAGGAGGGAGCUAGGCUGGAUGAGAAGGUGCCCAUCCCUCCCAACCUGUCUAGUCCUCCCUCGGGAAGCAAAUCCCUAGCCCCAAGGGUGAAGAAUCCCUUACCAGGCUUGGGCCUCUGAUGCCCUUCAGUGCAUGGUGCAGGCAGUGUGAGUGUGUGUGAGAGAGUGUGUGUGUGUGUGUGUGUGCGUGUGCACACUUUGUGUGACACUAGGGACCAUCCCUUGAAGCCUGGAAUGUGAGGAGGGGCACCCGACAUGCUGGGUGGGUGGCAAGUUGUGGGGUCCCCACCUGGUGAGGUUCCCCGCACUAGGCCCUGGCCCGGGUCUCCCCAGCUUCUGCAGCACCCGCCGCAUCUGUUGGACUUGAUGGAAGAACCUCCCGCAGUCUGCCCCUUGCCGCCACCCUGGAAUUCACAUCUUCCAAGUCUUCUCUCGGGGAAAGUAAUGACACUCCAGUUAGCCCCAUAAAAACCACUUCUCACUCUGCAGCACAGGUUCUGAUCAUUAAGGUGUCACGCUGUUCCAGAUCCCCUGAGUCCCGUGUCCCCGCUCCCCUUCCCUGUCCUCCCACAUCCUCCCGCUGGUCCCCAGCUCAGCUCAGGUCAGGGAAAUGUCCUUCAGGCCAGCCCUCUGCUCUCUGAGCAGCCCCUUCUCUCACUCGGAGCUACUUGAAACUUCCUGCCCUUGCCAGGAUUGAAGUCUGUCUGUCUCUUCCUCUGCCCCAGCUCAGGCUUCUGGAAUGUCCUCCUGGGGGCAGCUGUUGAGGACACUGAGGUGUUCUGGGGGGGCAGGGCCGGGGGAGGAAGGGGCGCCCUUCCCCCUCACUGUUACCCUCCUCUCCAUUGGGCGGGGGAUACUCUCUCUGUGUCUCUGGGUCUUCUGGUUGUGCACGUUGUUAUGACCUUGUAAAUAUGUUGUAGAAAGAAAGCAAAAGGCGCUGAACUGGACCCUGGUGGACUCAGGAGUCCAGCCUUGCCCUGUGUCUGGAGCCUCCACACUGCUAUUCACCCUACUCUUGAGACUGAGCCCCCCAAAGCCAGACAAAGCAGCUUGUUCCCAGUGGGCUGCGGGCCUCCCGGGGACCUCUCCUCGGCACGCUGUGGGUUCCCCGUGAGCAGGGGUGCAGGGGGGGCCUCCCUCAGCUCCUUGGAUUCAUGCCCUUGCCCGAGCUGCCCACCACCUGGCCCCUCCUGUGCCCCUCUACUUGGAUGUCCUCUGUCCAUCCUGUUCCCAUCCCCCUGGGUUAUGCAGGCAGUGGAAUUAGGGCUGCCUUGAAAAGAGCUCAACCAGAAUUUUAAGAGUUUCUUGUGGUCCUGAAGCUGCCUAAGACCUCCUAUCCGGUGGGUGCUGGGAGAGAUGGGCGUGUCUAAGAGGGGUAGGUUGGAGUUGGAGAGAACAAAUGUGCCUUGAGAGACACUCAAAGGGGGUCCCAGGGGGAUGGGGGAGGCAGCGCAGCGGGGAGCGGGGCUCGGGAAGCAGGAGGGGGAGGAGCCGUUGAUGAGAGUGUGAUGGGCUAUCACGAUGGCCCCUAUGGUCCCACUGGGGCUGUGACCUUAUGGGGUCAGUGGUCACCCUUCUUUCCUCCUGCCAGCCUGUCUAGUUUUAGUGGGCAGGCCGCUCACUCAGCCUUUCACGAGCCGCAUCUGCUUCCCACUCACCUCUGAGUGGGCGGGUCCAUUGGGGUCAACUCGGGAACCUCCAUUUCACCGCAGCCGCACCCUCAGCCCUUAGGGAGAAGGAACGGCUAGUCUGCGGACACCUGGCACGGGCGCGAGGCUGUGGGCUGGCAGGGGUGACAGGGAGGGGCCCCUCGGGGUGCGAAGGGGACUCGGACAUCCCAAGGAAGUCCCAAGCAGAGCAAGCUGCUUUAUAGCCUGAAGCUACUUAAAUUAAACUGUGUCAUGUGCAAUAACUGAGCUUAGAGUUAAGAAUCGUGUUCAAGUGCUUGGAUUUCCGUCUGUAUAUUUAAGUGCUGAAACUGUAUCUCUCAGUAAUUUUAGAUGUCUUUUAAAAAACUGAAAAACAAAGUGUUAGACCGUGUGUGCGCACUGGUGGGCACCCGAGCGUCCCGUGGAUCACCCCCUCCCCGCUCCCCAGGCCCCACCCGCACACCGAGCCCCGCCCCCACGUGGGCCCCUGCCUCGUGCUGUCCUUACCUGCCUACUACUCCGCCUAAGGAAAUCAGUACACUCCGCACAUGCAUAAUGGAAAUCAAAUGUUAUUUUUAAGAAAAUGGAAAAUAAAAACUUUAUAAACACCA